GGGUGGUGGGGUGACUGGGCUGAGUUUUUGUCAGCUGAUCGAUCGACACAGCGCGAGUGAGCUUCCGCCCUUUCACAGCAACCUGCACAACCCCACUGGCACUUCGUAUCAGCAAAGCUCCAGCCACUAUCUCGCUGACCUCCUGGACUCGUUGGAUACUUCGAGGAUGGCGGAUAACGACCAUCAGGAAGCGCGUCUCGUCCUACAACGGAGGGUAGUCAAGAUUAUCUUCUUCUCCUUACUCUUGGAUCUCCUGGCAUUCACAAUGCCGUUGCCACUCUUCCCCAGAUUGAUCGCUUCGUUUGUGGAAGCAGAAAGAUCCCAUGGCGACACAACAUUACUCUCAUCAACUUUAAACACAAUCAGAGCGUGUAGGACCGCGUUGGCCUCCUGGAGAUCAACUCCUUCAUCUCAGAUGACUGUCACCAGUAAUUCGAAAUGGGAUGUGACUAUUCUUGGCGGUAUCUUGGGUUCCAUCUUUUCAUUUUGUCAAUUCCUCAUCUCGCCGGUGAUUGGUAGACUAUCGGAUAGGUUUGGACGCAGGCCGGUCUUAUUAAUGACGAUGAUCGGCAACAUAUUCUCGGCAUUUCUAUGGUUGACCUCGACGAGUUUCGGACCGUAUGUGCUUUCACGAGCCGUCGGAGGGCUAUCAGAGGGGAACGUUCAACUGAGCAUUGCCGUCAUCAGCGAUGUCUCUGACCCGACCAGUCGGGCAAAAUCUCUUGCGCUCGUUGGGAUCGCCUUUUCGCUCUGUUUCACAUUCGGCCCGAUGUUGGGCGCCUGGUUCGCCAUGCGAAGUCCUCCGCUUCAGGCCACCAAGCUGCUUGGUAUAGGAUUGAACGUCUAUGCCGUCCCGGCUCUCAUCAGUCUCCUGCUCCUCCUCCUCGAAACGCUCUACCUGGCAAUCGCUUUGCCAGAAACCAAACUGUUACGGAACGCUGGUAAACUGGGAAGCAAACCAAAAUCAAAUCACGUGAAUGAUCAGAAAUCAGCACCGGGCUCCUCUUUCGAGCAACGUCAACUGCGGCUUAGAAUAUUGGCACAAGUCCACACCGCCUUCUUGUUCUUUUUCUCAGGUGCAGAAUUCACAUUGACGUUUCUUACCUAUGAUCUUUACGGUUUCACGAAUGCACAAAACGGGAGAUUGCUUGGAUUUAUUGGUAUCCUAUCUUCCUUACUUCAAGGAGGCUAUACCAGACGGUCUAAGAAGCCGCCGCUAUGGUUCGUCAAGUCGGGACUGAAGGCAUGCAUCAGCUCCCUAGUCUUGCUCUCGGUCUUGCCUUUCCUAAGACCAGAGGUAGGAGAGCGAGUAGAGGGGACGAUCGACCGCCUGAGCGCGCUCUUCCUUUACAGUGCCGCGGCGGCACUCGCCUUCGUCAGUGCUUCGGUCGUGAACUCCUUGAACACCUUGGCCAGUCUUGAGUGCGACGAGGAUGAUGAUGAUGACCAGCAGUCGACUGGGGCACGGAAGAUCGCCCGAGGAAAGGCUCUCGGCGACUUUCGCUCCGCCGGCCAGCUCGGUCGCGCUUUCGGGCCCCUCUUCGCUACAGGCUUGUAUUGGACUAAGGGGCCGUCGCUUUGCUAUAGUCUCUGUGCCAUCGGUACCUUUGCAGUCUUCUUCCUGACCAACCAAUUCAACCACCUUCAACCCCGUCUACCACCAACCCCUGUUCAUCCCAAAAAACUUCAAUAACGAAGCCAUUCAACAAUCUUCCUGUUCCCUUACCCCCUGCACAUCCUGUACCAAUCGUCACUGUUUGUUGAACAUCGACUCGUUUUUUUCUUCUUCCCUUCAGCGCUUUGAUUGUUAUUUUAAAUUAGCCUGCUGCUUGUUCGCAUCGUGAUCAUUCUAUGGACCUAUUUUCUCUUUGUUUAUGAGAAUAUCAAAAGAGAUUUACCUCAAUCAAUACCGUUGUCACUUUGCCCACGAGUAGAUAAUCUGUUCACUCAUCCUAAAAGUGAUUAGACAGAAACA